AUGGUACUUGAGCAAACUGAAACAGUUGAAGAUGAUAAUAUCUGUGUAUUACACAGAUAUUAUCAUACUUGUUACGUAGAGACACAGUUUGUAUCUAUGUCUGAUGAUUCUGAUGAUAAUGAUAGCGGCUACUAUAGUGCUCCUAAUCUGACAAACAGACGAAUAUUGUAUGUUUGUACUAAAUCAGCCUCUUCUAACAGAGGUCGGAUGCCCGAAAAAUAUCAAACGUAUGUUACUUCACCAAUAUCAAAAAGUAGAAACAGUGGUCAACAAUCUCGUCGUGAAUUAGCUAUCGAUAAUCUCUCAGACUAUGAUGAAACUCACAGUCGUCCACUGUACGAAAGAGAAAAUGAUGAUAAAUAUUUAGCUCCCAGAAGAAAGAAUCAUAGAUGGUUCGAAUCACCGAUAGAUGGACCUAUACGUUCAAUUAACGUUGACGAAAACUACUUUAAUGAUGAUGUAAGAACAACAACUGCUGCUGCUAAAUUACAUCAAUGGCAGCAGCAAAAAGAACAACAACAAAUAACAUCGACAUCAAUAUUAAACUUUAUAUCAUCACGAAGAAUGGAAUAUGUUUUGCUAGAUAAGAAGAAACAUCGAAGUUGUCAAAAUUGCAUUAGUGUCAAUUGGUCGUUUUCUUCGCCAUCAUCAACUGACACAAAAAUAUGCGAAGUAGACUCAUCAAGAAAUGAAUGUUACAAGCCAUGUAUUAUACCAAAUGUUAUUGUAGAUGGAGACUAUAUAAUGUUUCAUCCUAGAAGAAGUUCAUCAACAUGUGUUCUACUUGGAAAUUGUCCACUGCCAUCAACAGGAAAACAUUAUUGGGAAUUGUUCAUACCAGCUGUCUAUGGAACAUCAAUUAUGUUUGGAGUUGCAACUAAACAACAAAAAUUGUCAUGCACUGGCUUUAAAGAUUUAAUUGGAACGGAUGAAAAUGGUUGGGGUCUAUCGCAUAAUGGUUAUCUAUGGCAAAAUGGUACGUGUAAGCGAUAUAUGAAACCACUGCAAGUAUUAGAAUCAGCAUUAAUUGGCCUCCUUUAUGAUAGUGAUAAUGAUACACUUUCUUAUACAAUCAAUGGUGAACAUCGUGGAAUUGCAUUUAAAUCACUGAAGAAUAACAACAACAAUUGUUUUCUAUAUCCGGCAAUAUCAUCGACAUCUGCUCAAAGUAUAGUUAUAUUAGGACAUCGGUGUAAAACAUGUUCAACAUUAAAAGAAAAUUGUUUGAGAAAACUUAGAACGAUGGUAGUGGAACAUAAUAACAAUCAAUUUGAUUUACCAAAACAUUUACUUCAACAAUUCAAUAAUCAUGAAAAACGAUUGCAAAAUAGCACUUCAUAUCAAAAAGAUCGUAUUAAUAUUGAUCAUAUAACUGAUGAAGAAUGUAAAACAUUGACCAGUCUCAUACUUGAUAAUACUGCAUACCUAUCAAAUAUUGUUGAAGUUCACAAUAAUAAUAUUUUCAUUUAUUAUUGCAUCAUAAGACAAGCACUAUCACAACGAACUGCAGCAGCUAUUUUUGGCAAAAGUCAAAGUCAAAUAUCUUAUAUUAUGAAUAACACAACAAAUAAAUUAAAAGCACAGUUUGUCGAUAAAUUUUUGGGAUCAACUGCGUGGAGCAGAGAUAGAAUCAUUCAAGAAACACCACGUUGGAUUACUGAUGUUGUUCCUAAUGCACGUUGCUUAAUUGAUACAACAUAUUUAUAUAUACAGAAAACAAAAGAUUUUAGUAUACAAAAAAGACAUAUUCUAUGCACAAAGGAAACAAUUACAACAGAUAGUGAAACUAAUAAAAUAUUCGAUAGUGCAUUAGAUAUUAUUGUAGCGGAUCGAGGAUAUAGUAGCUGUAUUGGGCCAUUUACAUUAGUAACACCAUUAUCUAUUAGAAAAGGAGAAAAACAAUUGUCACAUUCCGCUCAAUUAAGUACAUAUAUUAAUGAUGUGACAACAUGGAAAUAUGAAUAUCAAAAUACAGACGAUGACGAUUUAGAGUCAAUCAAUGAUAGUAAUAUUGAUGAUGAUGAUUUAGAAUCGGUCGAUGAUAGUAAUAUCAAUGAUGAUGAUUCACGAGAUGAUAAUAACAUGUACUCCAAUGAGUCAGACCGCGCGGUUUCCAGUAUGGAGAAUGAUUAA